AUGGAUUCUGAGUUCUGGACCUCUCGUCUCGCCGCCGCGAAACGCCACUAUACCUUUCAGCAUAACCAUCCAACUUCUCAUUUAGGUAUAGAUGAUUUUGAUGUUGAAGAAGAGGUGAGACCAGAUUUCCCUUGUCCCUAUUGUUACGAAGAGUUUGAUAUAGGGUCUUUGUGUUCUCAUCUUGAAGAUGAACAUUCAUGUGAAUCGAGAGUUACGAUUUGUCCUGUAUGUUCGGUUAAAGUUGCACGCGACAUGUUGAGCCACAUAACUCUGCAACAUGGGCACCUAUUUAAGAUACAGAGAAGGCGCAGGUUAAGAAGAGUUGCUAUUCCGAAUAGUCAGUCAUUGUCUCUCUUAGGUCGAGAUCUCCGGGAAGCUCAUUUACAGGUGCUUCUUAAUGGUGGAGGUGGAUACCGGUCGCAUAGUAACUCAGUAUCCAAUGCGUCUGCUGAUCCGUUCCUGUCCUCUUUUAUUUUGAAUUACCCUCAAUGUGAAGCUGAAGAAAUCUCUAAAUCUGUUGUAACAAGUGCUGAAGAUUCUUCUUCUACAAAGAACACAGCAUCGCCUGUACAACAUAUUUGGAAAUCAAGUUUUGAUCAAUCGUUGAGUAUCGAAGAGCGGGAGAAAAGGAUUAGGCAAGCUGCCGGGCGGUCUAGUUUUGUGCAGGAUUUGUUUCUGUCAACCUUGUUAGGCGACUAA